AUGGCUAAGCCAGUCAGGAGGCUGCUGCUACUCACCCCCCCUCUAUUCAUGACACCAACCCUCGAACAAGAUAUCAGAGCACUCAGCAAUGCUCUCUGUCGAGUAUCGGCAACACAACCCUCUUGGAAGCAUCCAGAGACCAACCCCAAAACAUAUGCGCAUAUUGCAACACUCUUAAGCCGAUCUGGCAUGGGUGCUGACCUGGUUCUCGAGGGUGUUGCCACCCACCAACAUUUCUCCUUAUUCGCUUUUCAUCCAUCGCUUCCUUCGGACUCUCAAAUACGGAUAACAACGAGGAAAUGUCCACCAACACUGGCAAGCGAUGUUGAGGCUAUUCUGGAGACAGGUCUCCAGCCUACCGACUUCAUGACACAUUGCUCCCAGGCCCUCGCUAUCGUGCAAGCCUACCCUGGGCUUGACAUUCCUGUGGAUACUCGCGACCUUCGACAAGACAAAUGUCUCUCAUUCUUCUUACAACGGUCCCUGGGCCUUGUAGUUCAGCGAUUCACCCGCCCUAAGCAACUAUUCCCCACCGAUGAGGCACCAUGGUGGAAAGUCCUUGCUUCCUGGGAGCCAAACUCGGAGAAAUACUUCCCUCGUCGCGAAUUCACGUUAAGAUCCCGCACCAUACUGAUCCUGAACGCACUGUCGCCCGAUCUCGUAAGCAGAACAACGGUCAUGGAUGCCCAAGUUGCAUCGAAAUGUGUAGUCGCACUCGUAGUCCUCUUGGACGUCAUCAACGGCAACCUGCGCACGUGCCAAACAGUCGAAGAGCGGACUGACCACGACUGGGACAAACUCAGGGUGACUCUGUCUAUGCUCUACUCUCUGCUCUAUGAAACCGACAUUAUUCGACACAUAUUCUACAAUACCUCUUUGUCAGCAUUCCUCGUUUCACGAGCUAUCAGCCGCAGCAAGUGCGACGGACCACAUCUUUUUCGUCAGCUGCAAGCAAUCACCGCUUGCCAGCGUGCCUUGUUAACGGUCUCCGGGACCAAAAUCAUCCGUGCUGGAGUUACCAUCGAGUUCACCCUGUUAUCAGUGCCCUCUCCCAAUCCACAAAUGACCACAACCCCAAUCAUGAAGCUCGUUCAAAAAGUAUACCCCAACUGUUCGUUCAAUGCACAAGCCGAUAUCAGGGCCCACUUGGGGCGGCUGGUACUCUUGGAAGACCCACCUCUGUUUUCACGCCACCACAAUACCAUGGCGAUGGAAAUUUUCAUGGCCGUAGAUACCAAGCAAUGUUGUUUGGAGGGAGGAUCUGAUCCACGGAAACUGUGGGCCCUCAAAGAGGGCAUGCUCCAAAUACUCCACAAUCGCAAAAGCUGCUGCUACGCCUGUGACUUACUCGCGACAUUACUCACAUACGACCCCACCACAACCGUCGUUUCACUAAUAUCGACUGUCUUAACACCGUGGUCCCCACCACCAGGCACUCCCAAGCCCCUUCUUGCCACCUUGCGCAGAGAACUGAUGGCUCAGCUCAAACACCACCUCGAUUGUGUGAUCCAAUCCACUCCGUCAUCCACUACUUGGUCGUUCGAAGGACGGCAAAUUCCGAGAAAACUGAGUCCUAGCCAACUCUCGGUCCUUCAAGUGAUCGAGACAUUGAAGAUUUGCGAAGUCUGA